AAUGCUUUGUGUUGCAACACAACUGAGCUCGACAGCAAUCUUCAUCAGGAGAAAACCGACGUUACUAACCCUUUUGAGACAAACAGAGAAACUACACAUGAUUCAGAUUCAGGAUUACUGCGACCACAUACAUGGAUUACAAUAGAGGAAGCUUUGAAAAUACCACAAUCAAUGAUACUAAAAUAUUUUUUGUCACGUGGUCAUACUUGACCAAUCGGAGGGAGCCAGAUCCAGCGGAAAGUAUGCUCUUUGUUCGGGUAUUUUGCCAACUUUAUCCCGAAAUCUGAGCCUUAUAAUUUGUAUAAAUCACAGGAUGUGUUUAUGGAGGGUACGUUUUUAUAGCAAAAUGCACCAUGUGGAUCUUUUUUAAUGCGUUCGUGUCGAAGUUUUGAUUCCGUUCGCUCAGCCUUAUUUCAUCACAUGACUCCCCUCCCCCACCCAGCGCAGGGAUCGGUGAAGAAGGCGGACAUGUUUGAGGGAAAUGUGUUGGUUAAAAAGUAUCGAGGUGGAAGACAAGAAGAUUAUUUGAAGAAAGUUUCGCAUUAUUUUGGGAUCUACCAGUCGCUAUUCAUAUAUCUUUUUUAUUUAAGGUUUUUAUGUCGUACUUUUGAAACAAUCUCUUUUUGAUAAUGUGACUUUUAUUUUAAACUGAAUCUACUUAGAUUUUACAUUUUAGAACUGUAGACAUAUUUAACGUUUCGAGAACAUGGUGUUUCUUUUGCUAGUUUAUUUGAGUGACAUUGUGGGGAAUUUGUAACCUUGGUGUGGGGGAUGGGGGCAUGUGGUUAGGUAACCAUUUUGUGUGGUUGUUGAAAUGUCCAGAUAGUGUCGGUCGCUUUUAAAGAUCAAAAGUCUUAGUAACUUUUGCGUCUGUUUAUUAUUUUGAUUUUAUCUUGUUUUUUGGUUUACUUUGAAAGACCAGCCAUGGUAUUAGCAUUUUUAAACUGCAACAUAGAUUUUCGCUUUUAAUUCCCAAUUCUUUAACACAUUUUUCAGUGGGAUUUUCUUAUUCAUUUGGUAAAUGCAGCAUUAGCAUACUUUUAUCAAAUGAAUGUGGUCUGAGGUCAAUGAGAAAACUGCUGUGUCAUUCAAUGGAUAUUGUUAGUUCUUAUGAUCCUGUCUAGGUGUGGUGUUGUUAUUAGUCGUUGAGGUAAACAGGGGCUAUAGUUUCGUCGUUAAACAUGCAGUCAGAAGUUUUAGGCUCUGGACUUGAUCCUAGUAAUGUGGUGGCGUUUGUAAGCCAUGGAGGCCUUGUCCUCUAAAAUGUUGGGCUUUUUCUGCAACAGAUGAACGCUGUUUAUUAUACUCGUGCUUUUAAGCAAUAUGUGUAGCAUUUUGUACGUUUUCCUUCAUGUUUUAUCGUAGUUAUUAUAACGAAUAGUAUUAUAUUACUAUGUGUCACUGUACUUAAGAUGGCGGGUGUGCAACUCUUGUGCAAGACAGAAAUGCGGAUAUUCUGCUAAGCAUAGAGCUCGUGGGAGAGGCUCUUAUGGGGUUCGCGUGACCUGGCGCUUGAACCAAUGGGCUUCUUGGUAUUUACCCUAGAAGCCCGCGUUACAAACCCAUUGACCAAUCCCCGCUGUUGUUUUGCACACGUUGACGUAAUGUAAUAUGAGAAGGAGGAGGGUGGUGUCGGUACCCUCACAUAUUGUACAGGAUUAAAUUGAGGAGCCAUUUAUCAACAGCAUUUCUGCAUCACAGAAUAGGCUGGGCCAAUGGUAUUGUUCUCUAUCUUUGACGGACAGAAGAAACUUGCGAAUAGGUUGGCCCUAAAGAUUGUCAGUGACGCGUCAGUAUCUAGGGGUGUGGUGACUUUGACUGACGUGGUAGGCAACGAAUAGCAAUUCAGAGGGCGUGAGUAGGCUGACGUAGUCUAUCCAAUAGGGUGAACGGUUGGUCUAUAAAAUAACGGGUGUAGUCGCAUUGUCGCCAUUUCAACGAAGCUGAUUAAAGGAGUUCGCCGUGGCGGGGAGCGGAGAUAACUGACGAACAGAGACGGAUCCAGGUCUGAGUCUAGCUAAAAACAGAAUCCGGAUCCAUCCUGAUGGAUAUGGCCGUUAACCCGCUCCUUGAAAGCUCCCAUGUCGGGGUUGAGGUUGGCAUAAUGGGAGUCACAACGAUGGACCAGAGUUCUGGCACAGCGGGAAAACGCAUCAGAAAACCUUCCCUUCUGUAUGAGGGCUUUGAGAGUCCUGGGAUGCCCCCGCUCAGUCUUUUGAUGUCUUCAGGACCCCCACAGCCCAUGGUGAAAGACCCACACCGGCAGGGGAGGAUGACUAACCAACUUCAGUUCCUACAGAAAGUCCUGAUCAAGUCUUUGUGGAGGCACCACUUUGCAUGGCCCUUCCAUGAACCCGUAGAUGCGACCAAGCUCAGCCUGCCUGACUAUCAUAAGAUCAUCAAAACUCCCAUGGACAUGGGCACUAUAAAGAAGAGACUAGAAAAUUACUUCUACCGCAGUGCCAGUGAGUGCAUGCAGGACUUCAACACCAUGUUUACCAAUUGCUACAUUUAUAACAAGCCUACAGAUGACAUAGUACUGAUGGCUCAGUCUCUGGAGAAGGCCUUCCUUCAGAAAGUCGCUCAGAUGCCUCAGGAAGAACUAGAGCUAGCUUCUCCCACAGGGCGGAUCAAACCAGGAAAACCUGGCCGAAAAGGCAGAGUCUCCGGAGGAGUGACUACAGCUCAUCAGGUCCCGGCUGUUUCCCAGUCAGCAUACUCACCGCCCACUCCGGAAACACCUGACUCCAUGCUUUCCACCCCCCCACAGACACACAUGACCAAAAGUCUGCCCCCUAUUCUUACAACUGAACAAAGCAUCCCCACCAUUACUGGUCUUCCUCCAACACAGCCAACCACUAAGAAAAAAGGUGUGAAGAGGAAAGCAGACACAACCACCCCAACCACUGUAGCCAUGCCCAUCAUGAGCACCAUGGGUGUCAGUGGCAUCAACAUGGGGAUGGGCGGUGGGCACAACUCCCCGCUCACCCUCACUUCACUUGGGGUAGACCAUAGCUCCAGCCUUGGGAUGAACCAGGGCAUGAGUAUGGGUAUGGGCUGUGGAACAGUAAUGAUGGGUAGCAAAUCAGCAUCCGGGAGCAGGAGAGGAGUGAGUGGACGAGCCAUCAAGCCCCCCAAGAAGGACUUGCCAGAUUCCAUGGUGCCACCACCGGUGCGCCGCAGCAAGCUGAAUCCCCAGCUGCGAUACUGCAAUGGAGUCCUGAAGGAUCUGCUGUCCAAGAAGCAUGCAGCGUACGCCUGGCCGUUCUACAAGCCUGUCGAUGCCUCAAUGCUUGGUCUCCACGACUACCACGACAUCAUUAAGCAGCCCAUGGACCUCAGCACUAUGAAGCGGAAGAUGGACAGCAGAGAGUAUCGUGACUCCCAGCAGUUCUCGGCUGAUGUUAGACUGAUGUUCUCCAACUGCUACAAGUACAACCCUCCUGAUCAUGACGUUGUGGGCAUGGCCAGAAAGCUGCAGGAUGUCUUUGAGUUCUGCUUUGCUAAGAUGCCAGACGAGCCACCAGCGCCCCCUAGCUCCUCAUCUUCCUCCUCCUCCUCUUCAUCCUCAUCUGAGAGCGAGGUCAGCAGUGAAAGUGAGAGCGAGAGCAGCCCCAGCUCUGACUCUGAGGAGGAGAGGGCAAACCGGCUGGCAGAGCUGCAGGAACAGCUAAAAGCCGUACACGAGCAGCUCACUGCACUCUCACAGGGCCCCAUCGUCAAACCCAAAAAAAAGAAAGAUAAGAAGGACAAGAAAAAGAAGAAAAAGGUAGAAAAGGAAAAGCAUCGGAAGAUAGAGGAAGAGGUGACACCCAUUAGACCGCCCAAGACCCCUAAGAUCACCAAGACCCCAAAAUCCAAGAGCAGCAGAGGAACAUCAGGUCCUGUAGCAUCAGGCAAGAAGGCAGCAAGCAAGAAAAACAACAAGCGCAAGUGAGUACUGUCCCCUGCUGGACGAUGGUGGAAUCAUG